GAAAUUACACCAGUAACUGAAGCAUGGAUGAACUCAUUAUUAUAUUGUUAUAUAACAUGCCUCUGAGAAGGUUUUAAAUGAUCAUGCAGUUAUUUCUUCUGACCGAGAUAUAUUUUCCUAAUCAGAUAGCUCACCAUGGUACAAAACCCAAAGUUGGUCCUUCUCUUCAGUGGGAAACGGAAAUCUGGGAAAGACUAUAUUACUGAUCUCUUGCAAGAACGAUUGGGUGAUGCAGUAGCCAAGACAGUGCGUUUGUCAGGUCCUAUCAAGCAGCAGUUUGCUGCAAACAACGGCCUUGACUAUUCCAGCCUGCUCAGUGCUUCAGAGUACAAGGAGAAGUACCGUCUGCAGAUGAUUGAGUGGAGUGAAGCGAAGAGAGCCGAGGAUUCGGGAUUUUUCAUUAGAGCUGCCAUUGAGAUGUAUGAAGGCGAAAAGCAUCCUGUUUGGAUCGUCAGCGACAUGAGGCGGCGGAGCGACCUCGCCUGGUUCAGGGAGCACUAUGGCGGCUGCAUCCACACUGUGCGCAUCACGGCUUCCCCAGAGGCUAGGAGGCAGAGAGGCUGGGCGUUCGCAUCAGGUGUGGACGACGCGGAGAGCGAGUGCGACCUCGAUGGCAUAACGGAGUGGGACAGCGAAUCAAACAGCGGCACGUUGGUUUUCGAGGGCCCUUUCGGAAAAAUUAACCCGGGCCCGGCCUUGGGAAAAGGAAAAGAAAAUAGCAAUUCGAUGACUUGAAAACACAGGCGCUUCCAAUUUGAUUAUAUGAUAUACGAAACCAAAGCAAGGAGAUUUUAGCCUUUUAUAUCAUUAUGUGAUAAAGAAUGAUAUUGUAUCUUUUUAAAGGUACGGGAAGGAGUGAUAAACAAGACAGUGGUCCAAAAACUUCUGGAAUGUUGAUUGUACUUAAAUGUCUGUUUUGUUUUGGAAUAUUUGAUGUGUAUAGAUUAUGUAUCAUGAACAAAGAAAUGUCAGUCUAAACUGUUUAAAUGAACAGAGGUCAGUAAAACAGUAUUUAUAGAACAAUUUAUAUCCAGUUGUUAAAAAGUAUGAUUUUACCCUUUUCGUUUUAAUUAUAGGUAAGAUAUAAAAACAUACACAUAUUGUAUUUAGGUGUUUUUGUUACGAGUUUCCUCCAUUUUUGCUUAAUGGAACUCAAAAUCUUAGAGGGCUGAUAGCUUCUGUUUAAUCUCUAGAAAUCUAUUUAUGUUAUAUUUAUCCUAGAUAGAUAUUAUGUUCAGCAAUUAUUAGUAUCCUUGAAUUGUUUUGGAUUUGCUUAUAUUUUUCUUCCGUCCACAUUUUCCAUUUUGUAAUUGUAUCGUUGAAAUCAUUAUCAGAUAUUGUUGUAGAUAUUUAUUGGGUAGAUUGAACUUUUAUAUACUGAAUAUGUGUAUCUGGCAUACAUUCAAUAAAUUUUAUUAUGAAAUGAGA